UCCUGUCACUGACGUCAGCGUCCGCUCCCGUGAUUCCUCCGGUAGAACCGGGAUGUGACGGACGCUGCUCCGGUACCGAGCCUCGGAGCGGCAGAUCGUGACGGUGAACCGGCAGGCAGCGGCCGCAGCGAAGGAGCUGUGACCGGCGGCAGCGCCCUGAAGGGGGCUAGAGUUCCAGAGAAAGUCCGGUUCUCCAUCAGGUUCUCCAGAGGUUCUCCAGAGGUUCUCCAGCAGGUUCUCCAUCAGGUUCUCCAGCAGGAUGAGCGGGGCGGCCCUCGGUAUCGAGGUGGUGGUGGUGUUCUUCUUGGCGCUGUUCCUGCUCCAUCGGUACGGAGACUUCAGGAAGCAGCAGCGCAUGGUUCUCUUCGGAACGCUGCUGGCCUGGUACCUGUGCUUCCUCAUCGUCUUCAUCCUGCCGCUGGACGUCAGCACGACCAUCUACAACCAGUGCAAGGUAGACCACAAGGACCAGGACCUCGGCCCCACCCUCAGCCCUCCGCCAGCCAAUUACACGGCAGCAAACUCCUCGGCCACGCCCACAAAAAGUGAUUUCACUUCCUGCUACAAGCCGUGGAGCUACAUUCCUGAUGGAAUCCUUCCGGUGUUCUGGAGAGUCGUUUACUGGACGUCUCAGUGCCUCACCUGGCUGCUGCUGCCCUUCAUGCAGUCCUACGCUCGUUCUGGAGGGUUCUCCAUCACCGGGAAGAUAAAGACGGCGCUCAUCGAGAACGCCAUCUACUAUGGAACCUACCUGCUGAUCUUCGGCUCGCUGCUCAUCUAUGUGGCCGUCCAUCCAGAGCUGCACCUCAGCUGGUACGAGCUGCAGACCAUCGGCAUCACGGCAGCCAACACUUGGGGUCUGUUCCUGCUGGUUCUACUGAUGGGUUACGGACUGGUGGAGAUCCCUAGAUCCUACUGGAACGCCUCCAGACACGGUCACCUGCUCAUCAAGACCUACUUCAAGGCAUCGAAGCUGAUGACAGAGAAGGCGGACGCUGAGGAGAACCUGGAGGACGUGAUGGAGGAGGUCAGGAAGGUCAGCGAGUCCAUCAAGUACAACCAUCCUCUGAGGAAAUACAUCGACACCAUCCUCAGGAAGUGUCCGCUGGACUACCAGGAGAAGAUGGGCAGGAACAUGGACGACUAUGAAGACUUCGACGACAAGCAGAACACCUACCCCAGCGAGAAGACCCUGGUGAAGCUGCACAAACAGGUGAUCUACGCUGUUCAGAGACACAACCGGACUCGAGUCCAGUGGCAGAUCCUGCUGCAGCAGGCCAUCCACCUGGAGGACGUGGCCAAGAACGAGACCAGUUCCACCCACCAGUUUGUCCACAGCUUCCCGUCUUCAGAGCCGGCCGGCUGGUUCAGCAGAUACAUCUACACGCCAUCUGUAGAGUGGUACUGGGAGUGUCUGCUGAAGCGCUGGUUCUAUCGGCUGCUGUCGGUGGUUCUGACUCUGUUCAGCGUCGCCGUGGUCUGGUCCGAGUGCACCUUCUUCAGCACCAGGCCGGUUCUGUCCCUCUUCGCUGUGUUCAUCCAGCUGGCUGAGAGAGAUUACAACUACCUGUACAUCGAGAUGGCAUGCUUCAUCACCAUCUUCUUCCUGUGUACCUGCGUUUACUCCACCGUCUUCCGGAUUCGAGUCUUCAACUACUACUACCUGGCCUCCCACCACCAGACCGACGCCUACAGCCUCCAGUUCAGCGGCAUGCUCUUCUGUCGACUCACUCCUCCGCUGUGUCUCAAUUUCUUGGGUUUGAUCCACAUGGACUCGGCCAUCUCCCACCAGAAGAAGGAGCCCACCGCCUACACCUCCAUCAUGGGAUCGAUGCAGGUACUCUACUUCAUUGCUAACGGCUUCUACAUCUACUACCCCAUGCUGAUCGUCAUCCUCACCAUCGCUACCUACUUCAGCUUGGGAACCCGCUGUCUGAACCUUCUGGGCUUCCAGCAGUUUAUGGGCGACAGCGAGAUGACGUCGGACCUGAUCGAUGAGGGGAAGGAGCUGAUUCGACGGGAGAAGAGGAAGCGACAGAGGAUCGAAGACGGCGAGAACCGACGCAGAGAGUGGAAGGAGCGUUAUGGAAACCCCAGGGAGGACUUUGCAGCGAGGAACCGGAGCAGCCAUGAGAUGAAGGAAACCAGCUACUCCGACUCCGUGACCUCCAACACCAGACAAGCUAAAUAUUCUCGUUCUGGGAGCCGAGCAGAGAGAGAUUGUAUCGAGCUGCUGCAAGACGCAGAACCUCUGGACUUCAAUGCUGACAGUCUGGCAGACGACGCUCUGGAAACCGAGUCCACCAGACAUGCUGGAGGACGUUAUCUGUCGAUGUCCUCAUCCCGGAACCGGAUAUUUGAUGACGUCUAACAGGAGAAGAACCUGAGCGGAACCCUGACCUGGAUCAUCUGUGUCGAGCUGCACCACAUGUUGUCCACCCAGCUCCCAGCAUGCAACGCUCCUGGAGCUCCAGGCCAGCUGGUGGAGGAACCUUCAGUUGGUAUGAAUGUGUGAACUGUGGAUGCUCGGUAGACGCCUGUCACUUUAACCAGACCCUUCUUUAUUUAUGUUUUUUAUCUUUAUGCUCGUGAUUAUUUAUGGCUGUUACCAUGGAAACCGUUCUCACUGAUUAACCUGCAUUCGUCACAGCGAAUCUAUGAGUUUAAUUAAAGAACCGGAGAACUUUGAGUUUCAUCACCUGCUGCACGACACUUACUGUUUAGAGAUCAGUCUUCUCCUUUUAGAUCCUGAAUGUCAGAAGUUCUCUUCAUCUGGAGUCAAAGAACACAGAAGAGACCUUUAAAGAACUGUGACACUUUCCAGACAGUCGCUGGUUCUCACAUGUUCCUCUAUAGAACCCAUACUGAUUAUUGGUGAUGAAGGACAUCAGUCACCGAUGAAGGAAAUCAAUAACUGAGAUCUGAUCGUUUUCAGUAAACAGAAGAAUCCACAAUCAUUCUUUUCUGUAAAACCAGAACUGUUCCACCUUCAUCCCUCUGAUGUGUAGCCAAUCAGAGGUAGCGUGUGGGUGGGGCUUAGCUGUGACCUCAGACGUUUUUAGAUUAGUUUCAUUGGUCAGGAAUCUAAAACAUGUUGAGCACCGGAUCCAAUCAUGAGGAGGUGGGGACGAAUUCAGACUUUUAACCUGGUCCUGGUCCUUGGCUUUAGUCCUGGUCCUGGUCCUGGUCCCAGUCCUGGUCCUGGUCCUGGUCCUGGUCCUGGUCCUGGCUUUAGUCCUGGUCCUGGUCCUGGUCCCAGUCCUGGUCCUGGUCCUGGUCCUGGUCCCAGUGCUGGUGCUGGUCCUGGCUUUUGUCCUGGUCCUGGUGCUGGUGCUGGUCCUGGCUUUUGUCCUGGUCCCGGUGCUGGUGCUGGUCCUGGCUUUUGUCCUGGUCCCGGUGCUGGUGCUGGUCCUGGCUUUAGUCCUGGUCCUGGUCCUGGUCCUGGUCCCAGUCCUGGUCCUGGUCCUGGUCCUGGUCCUGGCUUUAGUCCUGGUCCUGGUCCCAGUCCUGGUCCUGGUCCUGGUCCUGGUCCUGGCUUUAGUCCUGGUCCUGGUCCCAGUGCUGGUGCUGGUCCUGGCUUUAGUCCUGGUCCCGGUGCUGGUGCUGGUCCUGGCUUUUGUCCUGGUUGGUGGUACCAUGUCAGACGUUGUUCUGGUGACAGUGCAGAGAGGCGGAUGUCAGUUUAAACAUUCAGAGGAAACAAACCAGCGGCUGCCUGGAAGCUCCAGUGGGACCGGUUCUUUAAGGUUCUGGUGUGGAUGAAGGUUCCCUGCCGGCGGGUUCCACUCAGAACUGUAAAUAUGUACACUAGGUUUUCUAUUUCCUCUGUCCUCUGGCCGUAGUGUUUCUGGUGAUGUUCUGAAUAUUUAUUGUCUGUCCUGAUGUCAGCAGCUUCUGUGGUUCUCAUGUGGUUCCAGCAGCCAUGGUUCCUCAAUAAAGUUCUGAAAUGUU